AUGCCGCAGCUGCUGAUUCUCCGGCUUCAUUAUCGGGAAGAACGACACCAGCUGCAAAUUGACAACGUGCCGUUUUUCCUCCGGACCCGACUGCUGCUGCUGGAUCUGCUGCUGCUGGAUCUACUGCUGCUGGAUCUACCGCUGCUGGAUCUGCCGCUGCUGGAUCUACCGCUGCUGGAUCUACCGCUGCUGGAUCUGCCGCUGCUGGAUCUGCUGCUGCUGGAUCUGCUGCUGCUGGAUCUGCUGCUGCUGGAUCUACUGCUGCUGGAUCUACUGCUGCUGGAUCUGCCGCUGCUGGAUCUGCCGCUGCUGGAUCUACCGCUGCUGGAUCUGCCGCUGCUGGAUCUACCGCUGCUGGAUCUACCGCUGCUGGAUCUGCUGCUGCUGGAUCUGCUGCUGCUGGAUCUGCUGCUGCUGGAUCUACUGCUGCUGGAUCUACUGCUGCUGGAUCUGCCGCUGCUGGAUCUGCCGCUGCUGGAUCUGCCGCUGCUGGAUCUGCCGCUGCUGGAUCUACCGCUGCUGGAUCUGCUGCUGCUGGAUCUACUGCUGCUGGAUCUGCCGCUGCUGGAUCUGCCGCUGCUGGAUCUGCCGCUGCUGGAUCUGCCGCUGCUGGAUCUGCCGCUGCUGGAUCUGCUGCUGCUGGAUCUACUGCUGCUGGAUCUGCCGCUGCUGGAUCUACCGCUGCUGGAUCUGCCGCUGCUGGAUCUGCUGCUGCUGGAUCUACCGCUGCUGGAUCUACUGCUGCUGGAUCUGCCGCUGCUGGAUCUGCCGCUGCUGGAUCUGCCGCUGCUGGAUCUACCGCUGCUGGAUCUGCCGCUGCUGGAUCUACUGCUGCUGGAUCUGCCGCUGCUGGAUCUACCGCUGCUGGAUCUACCGCUGCUGGAUCUACCGCUGCUGGAUCUGCUGCUGCUGGAUCUGCUGCUGCUGGAUCUGCCGCUGCUGGAUCUGCCGCUGCUGGAUCUGCCGCUGCUGGAUCUGCUGCUGCUGGAUCUACCGCUGCUGGAUCUACCGCUGCUGGAUCUGCUGCUGCUGGAUCUACUGCUGCUGGAUCUGCCGCUGCUGGAUCUGCCGCUGCUGGAUCUACUGCUGCUGGAUCUGCUGCUGCUGGAUCUGCUGCUGCUGGAUCUACUGCUGCUGGAUCUGCUGCUGCUGGAUCUACUGCUGCUGGAUCUGCUGCUGACGGACGCAUACUUAAAUUCCACUUCAAAUAUCACAGUACAUUUCCGUGUUCAGAGGCCAAAAGUCAGAGAUAAAUAA